AUGUCUACCCAAUUGAAUUCUGUAGGUUUGUAUCGAGAUGAUGCAGGUCAAUUCAAGGUAGAUGGAAUAAUAACGCUCUAUGGCAUUCAUCGCCUAGAGCUUUUAUUACUUGAAACAUCAUCUCAUUUUGGGUAUACUGAUCGCUCAAAGAUAUCAUUGGACCACUAUAAAGGGUUAUUUGGAGCGUUAUCAAUGUUAAAAACGAUUGCUGACACUUUUUAUUUUGCCUCGAUUGAACAGUUUGGUCAGAUGAAGGUCUUCUUCACUCAUGCUGCAGAGAAAACUGUUUACUUAUGGAGCCUUAGGUACGAGCAUGAAGGAAGAGUUUAUGAACUUUGGUUGGAGAAAAUACUCCAUCUGCAACCAGAGUUUGAAAAACGAGAUGAAGAGUUGUUAAACAUAAUAAACUUUUAUUGGUCAAUGAAGAGUUUACUUGAAGAAGCUACUGAUAACAUGAUAAGACUUCAAGAAGAACACAAGAAAAAGCUUGUAGAAUAUCGUUUCUCCACCCCUCCAUCAGAAAUGCUGAAAACAAUCGUGAACCCCAGCAUAUUAAAGCUAACAGAAGAAAGCAAUAAAGCUGGGAUGUAUCUUCUUGGUCCCUUCUUCACAAAUGCGAAUUAG